AUGGGCUUCAUCUCCAUGGCCAUGAAGGACUCCUAUGAACCACCCUACACCCUUGGCAAGAUCCUCAAAGAAGCUCUCAAGCUCUUAACAAAGAGCUUGAAGCUCACUCUCCCAAUCAUCAUCUUCACCUUCAUCUACUCCAUCUCAACCUUCAUAGCCAACACCAACUACACCACUCCUCUUAUUCAAGACUUCUCCUCCAAACUCCUCCUCAUCCUCAACAACAUAGACCCUAAUGUCCCUCUAGGCCCCAACUUCUUCAAAAACCUUAUCUCCAUGGGCAAAGACUUAAAGCAAUACACCAUCAUCCAAGCGGUCAUCUUUUUCACUUCUUUCAUCUUCUCCUUCAUUCUAACCAUCUCCGCAACGUAUACGUUCACCACAGCCUACUCCGGUGAACCUUUAUCGGCAAAAGGAUUACUCAAGGUCUUCAAAAAGAGAUGGUAUCAAACUCUCAUCACUCAGUUAUACAUACUCAUCUUUAAUAUAGGCUUUGAAGUCUUGCUAUUCAGUGUUAUUGGGGUUGCUCUGCUUAUGACCAAGAGUUCAAGCCUUUGCAUGGGCAUCACCUUCAUAGCUUUGUCUCUAUACAUUUAUAUAAUAACAAGGUGGCAAGUUAGUCUUGUGGUGACAGUGAAUGAGAAGAGUUAUGGAAUUGGAGCUUUCUCAAAGGCUGUGAUUCUCUUUAAAGGAAACGAGAAGAAAGGGUGUGCCGUUACUAUUCUUGUUUUUCUUGUUGCGAUGGCCAUGACUGGAGCUUUUAUGUUCAUUAUAAGGUUUAUGAAGGUGGAAAGCCUAAUGAUGAUUAAUGUUGGUUUCUUAGCUUUGAUGUCUUUGUUUAGUACCUAUGUCUGGGCAGUGUACACUGUGUACUACUUUGAGUGUAGAAAAAGCCAUGGGAUUGUUGAUGAAGAAGGAGAUCAAUAUGUUUUCAUGUUUGAUAGUCUUCUUCCUCGCACUACCAAAGUUUAA